UCCGCCUGUCCUGAGACAUACAGGUUUACCUGGCAGGCAUGGAAAACUCCACAGCAAACACGUUUCACCCAUUUCAGUCGGCAGCAGCAGCGUAUCUGAAAAGCAGUCAGUGAAUUUGGACAACAAUGGACUGUUGCUAUGUGUCUCCUGAGGAAAAAGAAAGCCAAAGAAUAUCCAGAGAAAUAGACAGGCAACUAAGAAAAGAGAAAGAAAAUAAUAAGGAGUUGAAGCUGCUGCUUUUAGGAACUGGUGAAAGCGGGAAGAGCACCUUCAUCAAGCAGAUGAGGAUCAUCCAUGGCACCGGAUACAGUGAAUCUGACAGGAAAGGUUUUAUUAAGCUGGUGUGUCAGAACAUCAUCACAGCCAUCCAGGCACUGAUUGAGGCCAUGGGGACUCUGAAGAUCGACUAUCUUGAUGAACUGAAUAUUCGCCAUGCUGAAAAACUGAAAGAAGUGGAGGAAAUUCAGGUGAAAACACUGGAGCCCUGGCAGGUGGACGCCAUUAAGCGAGUGUGGAGUGACCAAGGAGUACAGCAGUGUUACGACAGGAGGAGAGAGUUCCAGCUGUCAGACUCCGCCAAAUAUUAUCUGAGUGAUAUGGACAGAAUCACGGCCCCAGAUUACGUUCCCACUCUGCAGGACAUCUUAAGGGUCAGGGUUCCCACCUCGGGGAUCAUAGAGUACCUAUUUGACAUGAAACAAGCCAUCUUCAGGAUGGUGGAUGUGGGUGGUCAGCGCUCCCAAAGGAAGAAGUGGAUCCAUUCCUUUGAAAACGUCACCUCCAUCAUAUUCCUGGCAGCCCUCAAUGAAUACGAUCAAGUCCUUUACGAGAGUCAGACAGAUAACCGGCUGAAGGAGAGCCUCGCCCUGUUCAAGACAAUCGUCUCAUCCACGUGGUUUCAGGAGUCGUCCACCAUCCUCUUUCUGAAUAAGACAGAUUUGCUGGAAGAUAAAAUCAGAACAUCUGAUUUAGCGACAUAUUUCCCAGAGUACAAAGGGCCCUCCCAUGAUGCAGAAUCAGCCAAAAAGUUUAUUGAGAAGAUGUACAAAAACCUCCACAAAGAUCGUCAUAAACCCCUCUACACACACUUCACCUGUGCCACAGACACAGAAAACAUCAAGGUUGUCUUCAGAUCAGUCAAAGACACAAUCUUUAUGGAUAACAUGGAAUUUUUAAACCUUUAAUAAUGAAGCAGAGAGUUGUUCUUUUUUUUUUAAUGUGGCGGUAACCACAGGUUCCAGCAACAGUACUGAAUAUUUGGUUGGUUUUAUGGUUUUCAUUUUGAAAAAUGAGAGUAAUUCAGAAACAGCUGAGCCAGCGAGGCAAUCUACGCUGGCUUUAAAUAAUGUUUUAUUGUAACGGCUUUAAAUAAUGUUUUAUUGUAACGACUUUAAAUAAUGUUUUAUUGUAACAUAGGCAUAUUUAUUGUUGUCCAGUGUCAAAUGUACAAUGGCAAGAGGUAAUAUAUGAUAUGUACAGCCAUUUAUUUAUUAUGCCCACUUGGAAAUUAUGGGCGGUUUAUAGUAUGACACACUCUUUAACUCACUUGAAUCAGAAGAUGUCUGUCUUGCAAAGUUCUUUGGAUGAAGAAUGCCACAAAUCCUGCUCUGCAGCUUUGUAAGACUGACUGCAGACACCAUAAGCAAAAGAUGAAUUUAUUUUCGUUUUAAUUUCACAAUGAGGAUGACACAAUGUUUUACGGUAAAAAAACAACAAAAAAAAGGUAUUUUUUUGUUCCCACGGUCAUGUUUGUGGCAAAAAUUAACGUGUCCUUCGUUGCACAGUUUGAAAUAAAAUGUGUGUUGUAACUUUAAAUUGUACAUAAUUAAAAGCCUUGAUUUUUA